AUGUAUAAGUUUAAAAUAAAUAAUUAUACAUUGGUUAUAUUUAUAACAUUUUUUUGUGGAUUAAAUUCAUUACGAAUCGACAUGACGUAUAUGGGAAGAGUACAAAAAAAUUUAUCUGAUCAUAAUUUAUAUAAAACUCACGUGUCAUCUGGACUUAAAUCGAUGCCGAAUCCUGAAUUAAAUUGCAAAGAAAAUUUUGUCAAGUGUUCGAAUGAAAGUCAUUGUAUUCCGAAAUUUCUAUGGUGCAAUGGUAAAAUUGAUUGUGCAGAUGCAAGUGAUGAAGAAAUGUGCUCAUGUCUUGAUAAAAUAGAUGAGGAAAAAAUUUGCGAUGGUUCAUUUGAUUGUUUCAAUGGCGAAGAUGAACUUAAUUGUUUCGGAUGCGGCAAUAAUUCUUUCAGUUGUCUAGACUGGACCAGACGUGAUCCUAAGGGAACUUGUGUAUCCUUAUCACGAAGAUGUGAUGGAAUAAGUCAGUGCCCAAAUAAAAAAGACGAGUUAGAUUGCAGUAUUCUCACACAAUCUUAUAUCAACGAGGAUCCUAUAAAUAGUUCAUAUGAUAAUGGAUAUUUUUUAAAAAACUGGAAGGGCAAAUGGUAUCCAGUUUGUCCAACAACUCUAGCCUGGGCAUCUGACGCCUGUUUCAAAGGAACUGGAAUCCACGCGAUCGAACCACCAACAAUUACAGUUGAUAUGAAAAAACAAAGACUUAAUCUUGGUCCGUAUAUCGCAAUGGAGCCAUCGGGGGAGAUUAAAUUACUCGAAGAUUGUUUUGCUGAACUGGCAUUCGUUUUAUGUCCGACACAUGGAGAUCUAAAUAAAUAAUACCAUUCAAUUCUGUAUCUUUUAUCAAAUUUAUUAUUAUAUA